AUGAACUCAAGCGGAAGCCGGAAGCGUAAAGCAGAAGAUGACAACAGCUCGAGUGAUCACGACACCCGAAUGUCUGCCUCGCCGACAGCCUCACCGGCAUUCCUUACCAAACCCCUCGCAACUCGUCAGAUAAAACGCACAAGACCGAACCUUUCUGGGCGAGCCUUGUCGCUUGGUCGGCUGCUGGAGACUCUAGGCAGUGAUGAUCUUCGAUCAGUGCUGCGAACCCUGUGCGAUCGGCACCCUGAACUUGGCCAGGAAGUCGUCGAUGCGGCGCCUCGGCCCAAUAUCACCUCUGCCCUCCAAGUGCUGACCAACUAUCAAUCUACGCUGCAAUCAUCUUUUCCUCUCGGUGGCAACCCUUCCUCGGAUUACGCAUUUAACCGUGUCAAACCGCAUGUGACAAGCCUACUCGAUGCCCUCAAUGACUUCACUCCCCAUUUCCUUCCUCCAAACGAAACGCACACUUCUACCUCGUUGAACUACCUCGACGGUGCAACCGAGAUCAUUCACCGUCUCCCAAGAUGGGACACCCCACAUUACAAUUUACAUAAAGAAACUGCCUAUGAAGAAAUAGCGAAAGCUUGGGUGUUGGUAAUCCGCGAGGCUAGCAAGCGUGGCGGUGGCAUCCAACUGCAGUAUGGGGAAUGGGACCAGAAGUUAGCCAAACACAACCAGACCUCGGGGGGGAAACUUCAAGAGGCUGUUAGUGAGCUGAGCUCUAGCCUUGGCUGGAUGGCUGGCCACUCUGGUCACCCUGCGGCUUCUGGUUACCCUACAGAGACUGCCUCUAUCCGGCAGCAAUUGCUCUCCGGCACGUAUGGCGCUGGCCUACCGCUCAAGGUUGGUCCGUGGUGA